AAAAAAUAUUUUAAAACACAUUAAAUCUAAAAAUGUUCUGUCCUUUGCACGUUUUAAUCUAAUUGCUCUAAUUGUUUCUUAAAAUUUGAAUUGAUUUUUAAAAUAUUAAUUAAAAAGUUGCACCAAUCUAGAAAAUCAACAUGGCGAACACCAGUAAAACUGUUGCGGCUUUUCUAGUUUUAAUUUAUAUCACGGUUUGUUGCUCGUUUGGGCUUUACGAGGAUCAAGCAGGAUUAUUCGAUUGGUUAGUAUUUUAUAUUGGGAUGCAGUUUUUAAAAUUAAGAUGUAUUCAUUUAUUAAUAGUAUAAUAUUAAUUAAAGUCAAGGUAGGUUAUUUAAUUUAAAUUUAAAAAAAAUUGAAAUAAUUUGUUAAAUAAUACACUUGUCACUUAGUGUUACUGUUAGUUAGAGCAAAUUCCAAAUAAAAAAUGAAACCAGAAUCAACUUUUUAGCUUAAGUACUAUUUGAGCUACGAAUUCUUAAAGUGUGAGUUCAUUUGGUAUUUUUUACUUACUUCUAUGGCUAGAUACUAGGGGUGUGCCGGAUCCGUUUUUUCCAACCGGAUCCGGAUCCGGAUUUUCUUAUGCGAAAUCCGCCGGAUCCGGAUUCCGGUUUCUCCCGGAUUCCGGAUUUUGGUACUAUUGGUAGAUACUUCGGUAAGUCAAGGUGGACUACUACUUUUUGUGUAUGGGAAUUCGCAAUCGGCGGCAAAAAAUCCGAGUUUUUAAUUUUCCGAUGUGUGUGUCUAUUUAUUAUUAAAUUAGUACUUUCGAUAUAUAUUUGAGUUCCGUUCCAUUUGGAUAAGUGUCUUACGAGAGACGCCAUGUUUCUACGCGUUCGCAGCAGGUUAUGCAGCUCGCUCAACCUAAUUUCGCCAUGGGGUUGGCCACGCCCCCCUUUUUAAUGGCGGAAGUUGACGAUACUUAGGAAAUAUUAAUUUAUUAUCACUAUUUACAUCAAAAUAAUUGAUAACUUGUGUUUCAGAAUGCAUUUAAAGACAUUUAAACUGGAAUGUUUUAAUUUGAGCUUUAACAACCCGGUAGAAUCCAUAUUAUAAAUGAUCAGAAUUUACCGUGUGCAACACGUUGUCAUUGGCAACCAUUCACAGCCACUUGCAUAACUGUAUCGUAGUACUACCUCAGAGUUUCAUUCAUAAGAGUUUGCCGUGUGCAAAAACUAUUAAACCAUUGGUCAGGGAAAGCUUUAAUUAAUUAUUCAUGUGCCAAAGUUGAAAGUUUAAACUAAGUCUAAACAGUAUUUUAGUGAUAAGGCAGGGAAUGCGUUGCCUUAUAUAAACUAUAUAGUCAUUGCGCAUGACGGGAUUGGUGGAAUGAGAUCACAGAAUGUGGAGAUGCAGUCCAUGUUAAAAAAUGACAAACCAAGUCGUACUUUAAAAAUUCAUAACUUUAAAACUACAACAGCUAAAAAUAUGAUUUUGGUGUUAUAAUUCUUUAAAAAAUUACAUCUUUUCAACUAUGCCAUUGGUUUAUUUUUACAAAAAGUUUAAAUUUUCUUAUCAAAGUCCCUACACUAUUGGCCACUAUUAGCGGUGCUGACUCUAGCCUCUGGUAUGUACGGAAUAUUAAACAUUAAACAAGCUCAACGCUCGAAACAAUCGAUUAAUGUAUCGUGAUCGUGUGGAAUUCGGGAAAGAGAAUUACUUUUAUUUCAGAUUAUGAUCCGGUGAGUCACAAAAUCUGGCAAAUUCCGAAAUCCGGUAUAUUCCGGAUUCCGGAAUCCGGUUGUUCCGGAUACAUGUAAAUCCGGCGGAACCGGAUUUCACCGGAUAGUGCAAAAUCCGGCGGAACAGGAUUCCGGACCGGGGUCCGGCACACCCCUACUAGAUACUUCGAUGAAACAAGGGAGACUACUACUUUUUGUGUAUCAGAAAUAGAAAUCAGCGCCGAAAAAUCCAAGUUUUUAAUUUUUCGAUUUGUGUGUCCAUUUAUUGUUCAAUUAGUACUUUCGAUAUAUAUUGAGUUCCGUUUUUGGCCUUAUAAUUAGGUAGACAUCUUGCCUACAUUUUAAUCAAUUUCUUUUUCAUUUACAAUCAGUCAGCUUUGAGAAAAUCCUUGGUAAAUAUAAGGCAACUUUCAUCAUUCAAAUUAAGUCGAAGUAAAAGAUUUGUCACUACCAAAUUUUGUUUGCAUCUGGGGAAUGUAUUGAUCUACAAGUAUGCCAAUUUUCACAGCGAUAUGUGUCUUAUGAGAGACGCCAUGUUUCUACGCAUUCGCAGCAGGUCAUGCAGUUUGCUCAACCUAAUUUCGCCAUGGGGUGGGCCACGCCCCCUUUUUAAUGGCGGAAGUUGACGAUACUUAGGAAAUAUUAAUUUAUUACCACUAUUUACUUCAAAAUAUUUGAUAACUUGUGUUUCAGAAUGCAUUUUGAAGACAUUUAAACUGGAAUAUUUUAAUUUGAGCUUUAACAACCCCGUAGAGUCCAUAUUAUAAAUGAUCAGAAUUUACCGUGUGCAACACGUUGUCAUUGGCAACCAUUCACAGCCACUUGCAUAAUGGCUGUAUCGUAGUACUACCUCAGAGUUUCAUUCAUAAGAGUUUGCCGUGUGCAAAAACUAUUAAACCAUUGGUCAGGGAAAGCUUUAAUUAAUUAUUCAUGUGCCAAAGUUGAAAGUUUAAACUAAGUCGACUCUUUUUUCGGUGCUUUUUCAUUAAUAAAAGGACUGUUUUGUCAUAAAAUUGUGGUAUCCUUCCACAUGUUCACAAUAAGGGAUAUCUUGACCUACAUUCAAACGUAUUGUUUACCUUGGUUGAUCGACCUUGGUUUUCAUAGGUGUAUAUAAGGCAUCUUUCCCUCAAAAAUUUUUGAAGAAAUAUAAAGAUUACAUCUUUCAUAUUAAGUUCUGAAAAGCAUUAUAUAUUGAUAUAUAUGUGUGCCGAUUCUCCUUGAUGUAGGUCAUGUCCACUGUUUGCUACGCUUGUCAAAGUAACCUGCAUUACCAUAAGGCCGCUCAGCCUAAUUUUGACAUGGUGUGGGCCACGUCCCCUCCGUUACGUAGGAAAUAGUUAACUAUUAUCACUAUUUACAUCAAGAUAUUUGAUAACUUGUAUUUUAAAUGAACCUAGAAGUAAUUUAAACAAAUAUUUAAUUUGAGGUUUACAUUCAUAAGAGUUUGCCAUGUGCAAAAACUACUUAACCAUGGGUCAGGGAAAGCGUUAAUUAAUUAGUCAUGUGCCAAAGUUGAAAGCUCAAAAUAAGUUAUCCCUAAACAGUAUUUUAAUAAUAAGGGUAAUUUUAAUAUGACCUGAGACUGAGAGCGCCUUUGAAAUCUAUUUUUAGAACGUAGAAAACUGCUGUAUAAUUUUUAAUACCCUAUCUUCCUUUCACCCAUUUACAGUUUGUGGUAGUUAUCAGAUUGCGAUAUCUACUUUUUGAAGUUACCUUUUUUAUGCCAGCAUAUCUGGAUACCACUAGACACGCGAUGCCUAUAGUUAUUGUAUACAUUAAACAUUCUGUAUGUUAUUUAUUUACUAUUAAGAUUGAUACUGUUUUAUGUUUUUGAGACAAUAUUGUACGAUUUUAGGAGUUCGAGGGUAAACAGGUCUGCAUUAAUGUUUUUCAGUACCGGUAGUUAAUAUGAAGGACAUUUUGUUUCUGUGUAGGACAACAUUGCAUUUAAAUUUCUUUUUUUUUGUAGUUUUGAAUAUUUAUUUUACACCUGAAAUUAUAUUGUUGGUAUAUUUCCUGCUCCACUCUGACAUUUUCCCAUCUAUACCUUUUCCAAUAUGAUCUUAUUUUUCAGAACUUUUCCCACCAAUUUAUGUUUAGCAUUUUGUGUUAGCAAAGUAGGGUAUAUAUAUAUAUAUAUCAUAAUACUUUUGAUUAUUUGUUGUUUUUACAGGAAGCAAGAUUAUGUUGGAAAAGUUAAAUAUUUUUAUUGGGAUCACUCUCCAUCUCAAUCUGGGAAAAAAGCCUUUAUAGCAUCUGAGAGAAAUGUCAUUGCCUCGUUGCAUGCACAUGAUGGAACUAUUGGUAUGAAAGAUUUUAUUCUUUUAUUCAAUCAUAAUUACAGGGGUAGACAAAUACAGGGUGUCUGUUUGCCAUGAUACAUGAAAAUGUCUGAUUUUGAGAUUGAAUUUUCAUGCUUUCCUCAGCUGAAAAACAAAUGUUAGCUCUAGGGUAGGGGUCGGGAACCUUUUUGUCUGAGAGAGCCAUGGACACCACAUAUUUUGAAAAGUAAUUCUUUGAGAGCCAUACAUUAUGUUUAAAACUAAAAAUUCAAGUAAAUGUGUGCAUUUUGUGUAAUUUCAACACUUAACAUGCAAUAAUUAUGUCUCUGAAUUCUUUUUAAUAACAUUGUUAUGCUGUUGCUAAUCAAUAAUAAGUAUUUCUUACCAUUAAUGCGACUUUUUUUUAUAAUCGAACAUUUGUCUGCGAGCCAGAUGCAGCCAUCAAUAGAGCCACAUCUGGCUCCCGAGCCAUAGGUUCCCGACCCCUGCUCUAGGGCAAAUGCAGCUGGCUUCUAAAUUAUUUUUGCUUAGUCCAUCCCUGCAUAUUUAGGUUCAUGUACCAAUGGUUAAUAAAGCCGUACGCAACAUUGUGUCUUUAAAUGUUAUUAAUAAAUAAUGAUAUGCAGUUUUUGAAGCUAGGAAUGACUGGAAGUGGAAGGAUUUUUUUUAUACAGCACUUAAUUUAAGGUUUAAUCCAAGUAUUUAAAAAAUCAUAAAGAAUAUGACAAUGUACAUCUUUUGCAUUUUAUGUAUGUUAAUUUUGUAUGUGACAUUUGUUUAAAGUAAGGCAAAGGAAAGAAAUAAAACAAAAAACUUAGCCAUGUACCAACUUCAGCUGUUUUGAAUUAAAAAUAUUUUAACCAAGACAAUUUUAUUAAUAUAUAUACACAUCACCUCUAUGUUAACUAAAAGUCAAGCUGGAUCCAAAGAGAGAAACCCUAGUCAUAAUAUUGUACUGUUCUUUACUUACUAGCAUGGCGGCGAAUCUUUGAACCUACCGUUAGAGGCAGAAUUGAUGCUUUUCUGUAUCAAGGAACUAGUAAGUAACUGAAUCUUCAUUUGCAAUGAUUUUGUGUACUAGAUCUUUUGAAUAGAUGUAUUGUAUGAAAAACUUUGAGGAAUAUAAACUUUGUUCAAAUAUUACAAUUGUUUAAAGAAUAAAACAAACAAAAUGUUGAAUAUUUGUACAUUUGUCAUUCAUUUACCUUAAACAAUUUAACUUAAGACUUGCAUAAGGUGUUAAAAUUUGUGCACUUGGUGCCACAACAAAACCCAAGACACAUAUGAACAGGAACUAAACAAAAAAAUCACAUAAGGGAAUAAGCAGGAUUUCCAUUGCUUUAUCUAGUGACAUAGAAAUGUGUCUUUGUUUAUAUUCUGAAAAAUUUCACUAUGCUAUAUUCUGUUUAUUCUAGCUGUAAAAUAUUGAUUCAUUGUGACUUCUUGAAGUCUACAAAUUUUUUGGUAUUAAUUAGUAAGCAACAAUUACAACAUUUUCUUUAUAAAAUUUAUUUAUAACAUAUUUUUAAAGAUCUUGUGAGCAUCCAUGCUGGUGGGCUGUUUGUAAGAAGCUGGCAAACACUCUCAGGUAGUCUGCUGUGGGAAAAAAGUUUGUCUGAUGAUAUUAACAGCAGGUGAGUUUUAUGAUCUUUAAAAAUACUCAAAAACAUGUUUUUGGAGAAAUAGUUUUUUCAAUUAAGACCAAAAAAUUUAUUUAAUGAAGAUAAACUGUUAUCUUAUUUACACUCUCUUACACUCAGUAAAAAAAAAAUCACUUACUGGUCAUGCAGCUUUGUUUGUUUCAGUUGAUUAGAUUAUUUUUAAAGGCCCUUUUUAAAAAUCCAUUUUAAAGACUAUUAUAAAUAUAUGUUUCCAGGGUGGGAAGAGGGCAAAUUAACCCUCGAACUGUGGCAUGCAUCAUUCUGUAGUGUGUGGGAACUUUUCAGACCUUUUUGAGUGCCUUUUGAAAUUGCAAUAAAUGACAUAGAAAUAUUGAUACAAGACCCCAAUAAGUAUAUAUUUUUAGAAAGGUAAAUGGGUGGGGAUAAAAUUGGCUAUAUUGCUCAACUGUAAAAAAAAUUUUGCUCAGUGUCCUUGACCUUGGAGUGCUCAAGAAAAAAAAAUCAACAAAAUUUCUUGCUUUCAAGUGAUCAUAACAUCAUUAAUUUUUAUAGAUACACUUAAAACACAAAUCUAAAUGUUGUAGCCAAUUCAUUUAUCUUUUAGAAAAUGUAUAGUUUGCUAAGGUUUUGAUUACAAUUAAAACUCUGAAAGCAAUUUUAGUAAUUUUAUGUCAUUUAUAUAAGAAUCUGGGACCACUGCUAAAACCAAGUACAAAAUAAAAAAUCUCAGGUAAAAUAGUUAUUAUUGACUAGUAAAAAGUUGAAAGGGAACUCUGGAACUGAUUUGGGUUGUUUAACUAUAAAAUUUAUUAGUUCUGAUCUAUAAUCUGUAGCUUCUGUGACUAAAAUUCAGCCAGUCCUUGCCCAACCUCAGGGCCUGGCUCGAAGUUUAACAGUAGGCCUACUUCAGUAUCACUAAGAAUAGUAUCAGAUUCAUGAGAAGAAGAAUCUUAAGUGAGAUGUCAUGGGGAAUGUUAAAAUCAUUAUCAGUAUCACUUAUAACCUCUCCUAAAAAGCUUUCAAAAAUAUUUAUAUUAGUUCUUGCACUGAAGGCCCAGCCAAAGCUUCAUCCAUUUUUGCUUUAAAAAAAAACAGCGAAAUAAAACUCAGAUUAAAAAGUACUUAUUGUUAAGUUAUCAAGAAACAGCUUGAUCCGGUAGUUGAUUUAAUUAUUAAUAAAAGGAAGUGGCUAUGAUUCCGGUUAAAUAUUGGACUGGAAGUUGCUAUCGGAGUGUUUUUUUUAUCGGCCGAUUUCUUCGGUCGCCACAGUACAGAACGAGAAUAUUGGCUAAAGAAAUCGGCCGACCACAGCUCGAGGGUUAAGAUAAAAGAUAUUAUAAGAUUCUUCUAUUAAUCUAAAUAAAUGGAACUGUGUUUUGAUCACAUUAUCCAUAUUCAUUUUCAGCAUAUAUGUAUUUAUUCUUUAAAAAAAAAAAUUAACAGGAAUAAUUUAAACUUAAAAAGAGUAAAAUAUUUAUCAAGCGCAAAAAUCAGCCAUCACAAAUCAUAAAAAUUAUGAGAGCAGCGUCUCCGGCCCACUGGAUGUCCUUGGGCUGGGGAGGGGAGGCCUCCAUUGGUACCCAAAUCGAGUGAGUGCUGGUGGGGGCAGACUUGGCACAGGGAGAUCUCCAACAUGCUUCUUCACAGCCCAAUACUUAGGCUGGGGGGGGGUUGUUUUACAUAAGGGAGGGCAUAAAGAGCAUGGUACUAGCUCGACGGCCCACUGACACCACAUAUCCUAAUGUACAAUUUCAGUGGCAAUAUCACUUAAAGAGCGAUUAUAGUAUUUGAUUUCGUAAACAUGCAGCGGGAGAACUUUCAAGUAACACAUAAUGUGGUAAAGAGGGUGCGAGUAGGAGGUGGUUUUUCUGGGUGUGUGAGGAGAGGUUUAUGGCACAGCUAGCAAAGCGUUCUCUGCCCACCAUUUUAUUUUAUGUGCUGAGGCUUGAGUAACUGUUGCAUAGUGAUAUUCAUUUUAAUUGUAUUUAAACUAUGAGGGUGGGUGACAGCAGGAAAGGGAGGGAUUGCUUUGUUGUGUUGCUGGGUACACUCAAGGUCGGGCUUCAAAAGGGAAAUGGUAACAGCCAAAGUUGCUACAAUUUAGGAGAAUUAUUUGAAGAUAUUCAUUGAAGAGAAACCAAAACACGUUGCUUGAAAUUUUAUGAAAUAGAUUUUAGAAUGAUGGCGGUCAUGUUAUUCUAAUGGCACAUAGGAAAAAAAAACAGAAGUUGAAAUACCACUGUAAAACAAAAAUAUUUUUCACCAAGUCAGUAUAUUUCUGUUAUUUCUACAGGGCUUCUGGUUUCUUUGUCAGUAAAAAUAAUAAAGGUGAGCGUUUAUAAACAUUGUUUUAAAUUAUCCCUGACAUAAGCACUCGUUUGUUUGUAUUGUUAAUAAAACUGUCUUUACAGGCUUAUGUAUUUUGAUGUAUAAAAUAAAUAUUUAUCCCCUUUUCAAAUGGCUAUUAGAAUGAAGAACUUAACAUUUUAAAAAAAAAAUGAGGUCAAAAUAUGGCAUAAUAUUUUGUUUUUAUUUCUGUGACAAUAAGAACAACUGAUAGUAGCUACUUCUGGGACCGUUUACUCUCUAAGGAUGUCGGAUGGCAUGGAGGAAUGGAAAGCUGAGAUGCCUCAUAGGUAUGUACACCUGUAAAUAUUGUUUUCAUCCCCGCAGCAGCUCUGUCUUCCAAUGUUAAACUUUUGUGUUCUUUCAACUUAUCAGUUGGGCAUGUUUGGUAUGGGUAUUUACCAGGCUCGCUUCACUUGGCCAAUAUUUCAAAUUUAGCCAGCUGCUCUGCAGUUGAAUGCUUUGGUAAUUUUAGCUAGCUACCUAUUAGUUGAAUGAUCUGCUAAUUUUAUCCAAUAGUUGAAUGAUCUGCUAAUUUUAUCCGACAGUUGAAUGAUCUGCUAAUUUUAUCCACCUAUACCACAAUUGAAUACUGUGCCAGAUUCCAUAUUUUUUUUAUUUUUCAGCUUAGUCAGCUACUUGCAUCUCUUUUCUUUUAGGUCAUUAUUUUGCAUGCCUAAAUUAGAGUCAAAGCUUAACAGCUGAAUGAUCUGCUAAUUUUAUCCAAUAGUUGAAUGAUCUGCUAAUUUUAUCCGACAGUUGAAUGAUCUGCUAAUUUUAUCCACCUAUACUACAAUUGAAUACUGUGCCAGAUUAAACUAUUUUUUUCUUUUUCAGCUUAGUCAGCUACUUGCAUCUCUUUUCUUUUAGGUCAUUAUUUUGCAUGCCUAAAUUAGAGUCAAAGGCUAGCAUUUUUGAAAAGUUCAUUACUAAACAUAUGAGUUAAUUUAAGGAUGACUUCAAAAUUUUUAUGCUGGAGAGUUGAAAAUUUUUUCCAUCCUGUCCUCAGUGACACAAUAGUACAAUGGUAUGUCAAGGAGCGCAUAGAUGGGAGUUACAUAGCUGUAGGAAUUACACCUGGCCAGAGAGUCACUGUGGUAACAAUUACCACUGAUGGUGGAGUUAGUAAGACUCACACAAAUGUCCCAGCACGUUGGAUAAGUAUUGACACCAGGUAAACAUUCAUAGUCAUGUUUUGUAUUUUAUAACAACCGUUCACACUGUGUCCCCAUCAGCUGGAUAGCUCUAGAGAUAAACUGACUGCCUUAAGUUUACAGUUCAUUGUCUUGGUUAAAAUGUGUUGGCUUGAAGCAGUUGCUUGUAGCAAAAUGGAUUUAUCAAAUCAAUAAUUUACCUCAGACUGAUGCACAAUACAGUCACCUCUAAAAAAUAAUGAUAGCUCUAAUAAAAAAUGUGUAGGUCUAUUAGUUAGAGUAAAAAAGAAAAACUAAAAAUUUUGACAGCUAAUCACUGUCAAGCAGCUAUGCUUAGCAUUUGCAUAAUUUUGAAUUUUUCUUCAAUUCUUCCAUAGCUGUAUAAUUAUGGACGAUGCAAAGCAUUUUGCAUGUUACUCACCCCAGUCACGAUCUUUACAGCUUUUAGUUUUGGACAACGCUAAUGUAUUUAAAGCAACAGAGGUAAGUGCUUUUGUUUUUAUAUCCACAUUUUCAUUACUUUUUUCAUUUUCUCAUUCAGUUGUUUGUUUCCCUUUUUGAACUUAUACAGUAAUAAGUGGACUCGAUAGCCUUGGACGGCAACCCCUCUAAGAGAUGGCAAACUCUGAAUUUAAACCAGGAGCCAGAAUGAUCAACCAAAUGUUCAUGGGCCCCUCAAAUAUAAGAAGAAGUUUUUUUCUUCUUUAUUUUUUAAAAUGAAACAAUAUUAUUUUUUUACGCUAAAAAAAAAAAAAAAUCAGGCUUUUGUCCAUAUGAUUCAUUAUUUUGAUUUGUCUUUAAUAAACCAAAGUAAUUGUAUUUGUUCUUCUUCAUUUUUGUUUCUUCCCAUAGCUACAGGAUGUUCCAACAUCCCCAGAGUCACAGAUUGAGGGUCUGCUUCCUGGAAUGGCUUCUUCCAUCAUAUUCCGUGCCGCCCACGACAGGCUGCUUUUCAUGGCUCUCACUCCACAGGAAACAUUUUUUACUCACAAGACUUUAGAAAAAGUAUGUCCUAAUUUUUAGCAUGUCAUUAUUGCAAUGUUGCUAGCUUGGCUACACCACAUUAAUGUACCGCUCAUUGCAGCUCUUGAAAAAAAUUGUAGUGGACAUGGAAAUGCUUCGUAGGCCACUAUAAUUGUUUUUAUAAUACAUAAAAAUUGUUUCUUUCUUGUUGAUCUUUUUUUCUUCCUUUGCUUAUGUUCAGUAUGGUUGCUUAAUUGCCAUCAUCACUUUUUAAAAAACUAUUUUUCAAAAUAUUUCUUUUGAAAUUCCAGACCUACACUGCCGAGGUUGUUCGCUAUGCAGAAAAGUACAUUCUACUAACUUUAAGUCAGGCAGAUCCAGAGGUAAAGUCUCCAGAUUGAUUGUAUGUCUUGUGGUUUACUCCACAAAAGGAGCCAUGAGUAUUUUGUAAAAAUAUUUCAAUGAUUUUAUUAGGAAAUAACACGGGCAAUAGCAGUUGAUUCAGGAAUAAAGUGCACUUGUCCAACAGUAAAGUUAAGAAUAAGUUGAUAUUUUUAAUAUCAUUUUCAUCAAUUGUUCACUUCAGACCCUGAAGCUGUCAGCCACUGAUCAAUCCGACGGCACUGAGAUAACUGACCUGUCUCACGACAUUCCAUUUGCCCAUUAUCAUGGGCCUCCAACUAAGGUAACAAUACUUGUAAAUACAGAGGUUGCUUUACAAUAUGCUGGAGGCAAAUGUUGAAGAAAGCAAAAGGUAGCCCUUUAAAAAACAUAUCUGAAUUUUAAUAGGCAGGUGAAUUGUGGGACUUAAGUUUUAAAUCUUUUCUAUUCAAUUUGUUCAUGGGUGGCUGGCUGGCAAAAUCUUUGGACUGCUAAUUGACCCACUUCCUGUCAACCUAUCGAGCCAAAACUUGGCACAUAGACUCAUUGAUGAUAGCAAAACAUUCUUGUUCCUGUUUUUCAAGGGGAAGAUAAAGGAAAUAUGAUUUCACGAAAUAAAAUUCCUGAUAACUACGCUAAAUGAGAUUCUUUUAAAAAAAAUAUUGCAAAUGUUUUUGGUACAUACUAUUUUCGUUUGUUUUUCUGAAAUAGUUGGUGUAAAAGUGUAUUCAUUAGAAUAAAAAUAAAUUUCAGGGGCGUGAAAAAAAUGUGCAGGUGUUUGUGGGGGGGACACUAAUUGGGAUUCUUAAAAAGUGCGUUACUUGUAUGCACAUUUUGUCAAAUUUUCAGCCCCACCCCCAUUGAUGGCUAUUACAUUUUUAUAAAGGAUUUAUACGAAAAACUUAAUUUUUAGGGGUUCUUGAAUUCUGAUCAAUAUUGCUUAAAGUUAACAUCACCACCUACCUGUGUAUCUUUACCAGAUAUAUUUGAACAUUAUUGAAAUAUUGUUUUUCUACAUGUAAUGCGCUUAAUAUCAAUGUGCCAAAGAUACUCAUUUUUAUAGUGGUACAUUACGGUUAUAAGUUUUUUAGUUGUUAGUUUAAAAAUCAAUCACCCCUGAAUCCAAAGCCAGGAAGUUCUGAUGUACUUCAUUUAUCUCCUACAGAUUCACCCAUUUUUAUUUUCCAAGAAGAAGGACUCCAGCCAUCGCCCUGGAUGCAAGCUCAUCUUUUUAGCUCAAGACUUCUCCAUACAUUUUGCCCAGAAAAGUAAGCUGAACGAUGAAAGUAAGCUGGUAUAAUUUUAUUUUAUUUUUUCUUUGCAAUACCUGCCUCUUUCAAAAUUGGGAGUUGCUUGCUGCUUACCAAAUCUAUGCCGCCAUUUUACAGGCUGGUAAGUUUUGAUCUCAUGAGCUUUGCAGCAUUCUAAUCAGCUUCUCCAGAGCACUUCUCUCAAUUGCAUUUUAUUUUUCAUGAAAAAAAAAACGCACCCAAAAACAAUUUUAAAUUAAAAGUUGAAUAAUGAAUUGCUCAUGAAAUCAAUUUUUUUGCUUGAAUCUUUUAAUUAUUCCUGGCUUGCACUAAAACAGUUGUUUUUUUUUUCUUCUAACAUUUAAAAAAAGAAAACAUUGUCAAUACUAAUUCUUGAUAGAUUUAUUUUGGGCACACAGUUAAAAGUUUGAGGAUACAUAACCUAUACCAUUCACAAGUUAACUGAUUAUAAAGAGAUGUUGAACACCUCAAUGUAACUGAGACUAUCAACUUUUCUACUUAUCACUGGUCAUCUAAAAACCUAUCAUUUAUAAGACUUUAGCUUUCUCCUAACAAAAUAUUAACACAAAAUUUUAAAAUAAUUCCUGCUUUUUCAUUAUGAAACCCACUUAUAUUGACAACCUUUUCGGCAUUAUUAAUAUUAUUAUUGCUAUGUAAAGAAGUUUUAUUUACUCUAGUGCUUUCUUGAUCAUUUUUUAAAUAUACUAUUAUCGGUGUUGGCUUAUAGAGAGAACACUAUUGUUACAUUUGUUAAUAUUUAUUGGGGGCUACAACAAUUAAAAUAGUAUAGUUCAUUUGAAUGCCUAUUGAAAGCAUACAAAUAGCUGAUUAAGAUUAUGAAUUGCAACAUUAAAAGAUUUGAUUUCUCUUUUCCCAUAACAAGUUUUUAACAAAAUUUCAAUACAUUUUUAUAUUUACAUUUUUUACCCUACUCCAGACCUGUUUACUCUUACGAUUUUGGCGUACAAUGUACGAUUUUGAGGUGUAUACAUUAUAUAUACAGCACGUUUUUGCUCUAUAAAGAGAAUGUAUUGAACGAUUAUAUGAUGAUAUUGUACGAUUUUAAGGGUUUGGGGGUAAACAGGUCUGCUACUCAUUGUUUCACUAAUCAGUAUAGUGACACUGAUUUAAAUAUGAUGAAUUAAAAUAUUCACAUGUGAUACGUUAUAUGGCAUUUUCCUUGUAAAUCAGAUAAGGCUCACUGGAGAAGAGAAGAAGCUCUGGCUUAUAUAUUGGCUGUUCAGAUGGUGGACCUUCCUGUUUCAGAGAACCAAGCCAAAUUUGAAGAUGAAUUUGGUGCUAAAGAAGGUACAGGAUGUGGUGCACAUGGAUUUUUAGUGGUAGCGCUAGUGAAUAAACUAUUUUUCUAUAAACUAUUUUAUGCACAUCAAAUUAGAAAAUAUGUUAAGCUUCUGUGUUUCAGCUGUUGGUCUUAACAAAAUAGGAGGUGCUCCCAUUUUAUAUUUCUAUGUUUAUAUUUUUUUCCAGAGGACAUUGUUGCUAUGUUUUUUAAGAGACUGAAGGCCCAAUUCUCACAGCUGAAAGUAAGUACUAAAUGUUUUGUUCUAUCAAGCUAUCACUCAUAAUGAAAAGAACAUUUUAACAUUUAUCCACUCCCAGCACCAAAAAUUACUUAAGAUCAUUCAGUCCAUUUAUUCAUUUAUACUGUCUUCAUGAGCCGACUUUAUGGAAAAAACCAAGGAACGCAAUGUUUUUCUGUCUAAUGCCUCUUCUGGAGCUGUCUGUAGGGUCAGGUUUCUAUUACAAAAAUCUUUUUUCUAUCUUUCUGCAUCAGGUCUCUAUGGAUCAUACACAAUUUUGUUUUUUCUGCGCUGUCCACCAACAUGACAAUGCCUGUGAACUUCAUGCAUGUUUUCAGCAAUAGCCCUUUGGGUGUCUUAGUUCUCUUCCAUCCAAUCCUGUGUUAUUCAGUUGAAGCCAGAAGAGAUUGUUUAUUCCAAAAAUAACUCAUAGGGCUUUGUGCAAAAUAAACAUCAUAAUUAUUCACAUUUGUAAAAAUCAUUGAAUUAAUAAAUGAAUUUUGAUAUCUUAAAGUUUUUAAAUGACCCGACUAUUUGCAAAAAAAUCAUUUUCAAACGAUUUUACCGGAGAAUUAUACGACAGUGAUUAAAUGCCUCAGAACAGACCUUGUAAAGCAAAUUCAAUUUAAAAAAUUUAUUUCAAAAGAUAAGCGGAAUUUCUACAUGCUCCUCUGACCACAACAGCACACCAAAAUUGUUCUGCAACAGUACAGUUUUCAUAUUUGGUUCUUAAUGAGUUUGCAUUUCAGAUUUAUUUCCAUCAGUUAUAACAACUGGUAAACCUACAGCGAUUUGACUGCUAUCGAUUGACUUAGGUGGCUGAGGUUUAUCUUUUUUCUUUGGGCUCACCACUGUUCCAAGAAAAGCUACCGUAGGUGGCUACUAAGUCCAUUCAACCUCUGGUUAUUACCCAAAUCUGAGGAUGAUCCCUCUUUAAUUCAAACCCACAACCUUUUGGUGGAGUGGCAGACAAAGUUACCACUACACCACAGGGCGGGCGAGUAAUUGAGCAAAAGGGUAACAAUUAAUUGUGGAAAAAUGGUUUUAAGAAUUGAGAUUUAUAAGGAUUCAGAAAAUCCAAGUCCCUUCACACAGAUCUGCUGACUUGUGUCUUAUGAUGAUUUCAGACAAAAAGGAUAUGUUUAAUUACAUAAUAUAUUUGUAUAUUUUUUUAGAGCUUCACUCAUACACUGAUAGAGCGAGCAUUAGGCCACCAUCAUCACCAUGCCAAAUCCUUAGAAGCCAUUGAAGAAGAAGAACCCCAAGAAGAAGAUCUAAUCCGAGAUGACUUUAAUUUACACAAGAUUAUCAUUGUGGCAACUGCAGCCGGAAAGGUGAGUUUUUUUCAUUUGAUCAGUGUUUGAUGAAUGGUAAAUAAAAUGUACAGGUCCCAGCUAAGUGACUGAUGAAUGGUAAAUAAAAUAUACAGGUCCUUCGCUGCCUAGUUCCUUUACUACCUGGAACCCUUUGUUGGCUAAAAGUUCUGUCUCAUUUAAAAGAACAUUUCAAAUUUUAUCUAUAAUUGCUUUGAAGUGGGGAUAUUGGUUGAUAAAUUGAUUUUUAGAAAUGUAGCAUUUUUUAGGGUUAAAGUCGUAAGCUAAAAUAUUGAUGAUACUUCACUGGUAAAAUUGUCACUAAUGGCCUGUAUCGUAAUGAACAAUAAAAUAAUGUUGCAUAAAUAGUCAGUAAACUAAGAUGAGAAGACUCUGGCUCUUGUUGAGAUUUAAGCUAUACCGCCGCAGUCAGUAAAAUGUAAAUUGUUUCUCAUUUUCUGUAUUGAUAUAGACAUUGCCACAUGUCACAUCAAAUUGAGCAUUAAUAUGAAUCGGUGGCUUAAGGAUCUCAUUUUAUAACACUGAAUUAUAUUUUAUAACUUACAAUAAUAUCUAUUAUAAAUGAAAUUAAUUAAAUGUAAUUAAAAUUAAGUACUGUUAAGAACUUUUAAUAAAGGUAAUUAAAAUAAAGUUCUGUUAAUAACUUUUAAUAAAUUUAAUUAAAAUUAAGCACAGUUUAGAACUGUUAAUAAAUGUAAUCAAACUUAAGUACUGUUAAGAACAUUUAAUAAAUGUAAUUAAAAUUAAGUUCUGUUAAGAACCAUAUUUUGCGUUAUGUUCCUUUUAUAAUCAAAGAAAGUAUAGACACAAAUAAUUCAUAUCUUGUGCUCUUAAAAUAAAAAAAAAAUUAAAAACAUGUUUGCAUAAGAUUUUUAACUCUUUUAAAAUCAUCUCUGCAGCUUUAUGGCAUAAGAAGUCACACAGGUAAAAUUGCUUGGCAACAAUUCAUACCUGAAUUGACACCAUUUAAUCGGUACGGCGACCAAAAACUUGUAUUGAUAGUUCAGAGAUCUACGGCCCAUUUCCCACAUGAACCUCAGUGCACCGUCCUUGGAGUUAAUCAGGUAAAUACGUUUAGUGUAUCGAUUGUCUGAAUUUACCUAUUAUCUGAAUUUACCUAUCAUAUGAUUGACUUAUAAUUCCAUGUUUUUAUAUGGAAUCUAAGAAUUGUUUUAAAUUGUCUCUUACGUUGAGUUUUCAUGCAGAAUUGUUGCUUUUGUUUUACCAGAAAACUGGCAAUGGUCUUCUUGUCUCAUUCAACCCUGUGACUGGAGCCCUAACCAUGGGAAAACAAGGUCAUUCCUAUGACACAGGUUUCAAAGUCCUACAGGCAGAAAUGAUCACUGAUUUGGAUUCUGAGUUUCUUCGAGGCAUUAUCCUUAUUGAUGACAAGAUUCAGGUCUGGGUCCCUUUCUCAGUUUAUAAAUGAAAGUUUCAAAUUUUGUUUAAAGAUUUAUACAGAGUGAAGGGUUAUUGAAACAUUACUGCACACCUUAAAGGUGUUAUAUAUUUUAAAAAUGCUGUCAGUCCCCUCAAUGUUUAUUGACUUAAAGUCCAUUUCAGGCCCAUGUUUAUUUACAGUUAAUGUCCAUUUCAGGCCCAUGUUUAUUUACAGUUAAUGUCCAUUUCAGGCCCAUGUUUAUUUACAGUUGAUGUCCAUUUCAGGCCCAUGUUUAUUUACAGUUAAUGUCCAUUCCAGGCCCAUCUUUAUUUACAGUUGAUGUCCAUUUCAGGUCCAUGUUUAUUUACAAUUGAUGUCCAUUUCAGGCCCAUGUUUAUUUACAAUUGAUGUCCAUUUCAGGCCCAUGUUUAUUUACAGUUAAUGUCCAUUUCAGGCCCAUGUUUAUCCAGCUUCCAGUGAAUCUGCUCUCCGUGAAUCACACAUGCAAUAUUUCUUUCACCUCAUCAACCCUGAGACUGGCAUCAUGACAGGAUACAGGUACAAUAGCUGUUUAAGUUUAAUUAUUUCAUCUCAUGUUAUUCCUUUUUUGGUAGUGUGGCUUGACACUGAAAAUGUUCUGUUAGAUACUUCUCUAAUAGUUUCCAUAUUGUUCAGAGCGUCCGUUGCAAUCACUUUAACCUGCACUCUUACUUACUGUUGUUCAGAAAUGCUUUUUUUUUUCUUUUGCUAUGUCAAAUUUGUUAGCCACACCCUUAGUUGAAAGAUUUACAAUAGGUGAAAAAUUCUGGCCUAUAUUUGAAACAACACAAUAUUUAAUUCAAUUUUUAGUUAUAUACAUAUGCAAAUAUACAUAUAUAUUAUUUUGAUUUUUCCUCCAGUGGUGUUAAAAUACUUAAAUAUGUUUUUUUUUUUUCCUUCUUUUAAAAUGUUCUUUUGUUUAUUAGACUUAUUCCUGGACAGCAGAGCAAACUGGCACUUGAAGAAGUCUGGAACCUUGACUUACAAAAGUCUCAACAAACAAUUACAGGAGUUUAUGGGAAGAGAGCUGUUGGUGAGCCCUACUUUGAAAUAUGUGGUGUUAUGUAACGGGUCUUUAAACCCUUUUUUUUUUUUUACUGUCGACCCCAGGUGAAGCUCAUGUCUGUGCACCACUUAAUCAUGCUAUAGUAAAGGACGUUACAACUCAAAUCAGCAUAUUUCAAAUUUUAUUUAACUCAUUCCCUCCGGCAGUGCUACUUCCGUACUUAAUUUAUUUUUUAGAGAAAAGGGAAGAAACUUAGUUUUGAAAUUAAUGCACAUUUUUAAAAUAUUUUUUUAAGCUGCUAAAUAAUAAUAAAUGUUAAUGAAUUAAGGACGAAUGAAUAAGGUUUAAUAAAAACAUAACAGUAGUGACGAAAAAUAAUGAACAAUGGCCAAAAAAAUUGAUUUUUGGCACCUCGGACGAACACAUGCUACAUAUAGACGCGCCUUUCUGAAGCACAUAUAGUUUUAAAGUGAAACAAGAUAUAAAAACUUCCGGUUUUUAAAUUAAAAUCAUGCCACAGCUGGGACACGAGAUUUCACUGCUAUUUUUAACUAAAAAUUAGAGAGGUGUGUCGCUAUGCGCCGGGACGCACUUGGACGCAUCCGUCAAACCCCCAAAGGACGCAUUUAGUCGCAACCAUCGGGAAUGAGUUACUAAAUAGAUAAUGAAAGAUGACAUUUUUUUUUUAAUACUUUGUUCUUUAGAGCAUGUUCACUCUCAAGGCCGAGUCUUAGGCGACCGCAGUGUGCUGUAUAAAUAUCUGAACCCCAAUCUUGUGGCUAUUGUGGCAGAGGGGGAGGAACAGCAACAGUCUUCCGUCAGUAAAGGUAGUAAACAGUUGGUCUUACAUUGUCUUAGUCAAACGUCAGAGGUUUAACCGCUGUCAACGUUUCACCAGUCCAUAACCAUGAAAUAAACCAGAACUUAGUCGACAUUUAGAGAAAAUACACAGUCACACAAUUACUACUUUGUUUGCAGGUCCGACACCUUUCUUCUCUGUUUAUCUGGUUGAUGGGGUGACAGGUCACAUGGUUUACCAUCAAACUCAUAAAAGGUCACGUGGACCUGUCAAAGUAGUUCACUCUGAGAACUGGAUAGUGGUAAGUUUUUCCCGAAACAUUUUUUAAAUUGAUGUAAUUUGGUGAUGAAGGACACUAGAAAGGAUUGAUUUUAUAGAAAUUUAAAGAGUGUUAAUAACCAAUAAGUGUAUUAUGGGGAGGACUUUGUUUUGACCAAGAAGCCUUCAACAUCAAAAAAAGAGAGAGAGAGAACAGAAAGAUGAACUAAUCUGGCAGUAUUGAUAGUUAACAGGAUUUGUUUCAUAUUAAUAACCAUUAACCAAAAGGACAAGGUUAAAGAAUGCUUUAUAGUUAUAUACAUCUCAUUCUCCAUUGGUUAUCCCCAUUUAAGUGACGCUAACAGAUACUGUAGAUUCCUGUGAUAAUUUAAUUCAAUGUUUCUCUAUUAUCCACUGUUGUCUAUUUCCUUUGUUUAUCCAUUUUCACAAUGUCCUCUCCAGUAUUUCUAUUACAAUGAGAAGCAUCGCCGUCAUGAGAUGGGAGUCUUGGAGCUCUAUGAGGGCAAGGAACAGAGCAACUCUACAGCUUUCUCAUCAUUCUCCCCACCACCGCCCCCUCUAGUUUUGAGACAGUCCUACAUAUUCCGAGAACCCCUUUAUGCCAUGGAAGCUACAGUAACAGAGAAAGGGAUUGCAAGCAAAAAUAUCAUUAGUAUGUGUUUUUUUAUGGUAGCUUUUUUUUUUUCUGUUUCGAAUGCUAUUUUUUAAAACUAAUAAUGCUUAGCUUCUUACUUGGCUUACCUGACAGAGGAUCUUAUAAAAAGCAUUAAGUUUUGUUAGCUUAAAUAAAGACCAAACAUUGAAUAAUAAAUGAAAAUUAGGAUUCAUUUACUUGAAUAAAGACAGAACGAAUGACAGAGCCUAAAAAAAUGACUUCCUAAGGUUAUGUAUCAGUUAAAAUAAAGAGCAUCAUCAAAGCCACAUUUAUUUUACCUCUGUUGCUAUACAUAUUUUUUUCUCGUCGGGAUUCGAAACACUGAGAUGGUCUUUCAAUUUGAAAUGUUACUGAUAAAAAAAUAAUUUUUUUUUAUCUUUCAGUUGCCUUAAAAAUUGGAGGCAUCUUAUCAUUACCAAAAGCUUUACUUGACCCUAGGAGACCUGUCAUUCCAACUCAAGAAACCAUGUGAGUGAUCGCUAACAUUUAGAGAUUAUACUGACAGACUUAGACUGAGUUUAGAUAUAAAUGUUUAUAUGCACUAUAUCUCCUCUUUUUACAAGUGCCGUGUAGCUAAAGUUUGUUUAUUGUGUAUAUAAAUUUUUUUUUUCUUUUUCAGCAUUGAAAAAAAAUCAACCAAUAAGCUGAAACUUAUAAAUUUUCAUUUUUUAGCAAAAAUGUUUUAAACUGACUUGAGAUUCUACAAACAAAACAAAAUUUGAGUGUUUGCAAAAAUGCACAUUUAAUGAUAGCAAAAAACAAAAUUUGAGUGAUUGCAAAAAUGCACAUUUAAUGAUAGCAAAAAACAAAAUUUGAGUGAUUGCAAAAAUGCACAUUUAAUGAUAGCAAAAAACAAAAUUUGAGUGAUUGCAAAAAUGCACAUUUAAUGAUAGCAAAAAACAAAAUUUGAGUGAUUGCAAAAAUGCACAUUUAAUGAUAGCAAAAAACAAAAGAAAACAUGAAAAACAAGGUUAUUCAAUUUACAUGAUUCUGGUGAUUAAUUUCACUCAUAUCCAUAUCUUUACCUUUUCAUAGAAAGGAACUAAGCGGAAAUGUGUUGUAUUUUAUUUUUUUUUAAAAGUUGCAGGCAAGGACUUGGCUUUUUCUAGCAUUUAUUUUACCUGUCACCACCCCAUUCGAAGCGAUUUUUGUUUGUUUGUGAAAUCUAAACUGUAACACAGAGAAUGGAAAUUAUCAGAGGUCGUUGGAUGAGUAAUUUUGAAUUUAUACAAUAGACACAAUUUCAUGGUUAGAAAAACUAAUUCAUGGCCUUCUUCAUCAUCCAGGGAAGAAGGAACCAUUCCAUAUGUGCCAGAGAUUCCCCUGAGUGCCGAAGCCUUUGUCAACUAUAACCGCAGUGUGUUUAAUGUCAAUGGUGUAUUUACCUCCCCUGCUGGUCUGGAGUCCACAUCAUUGGUGUUUGUCUAUGGAAUCGGUCAGUCAUUACUCACUAUUUAAUAUCUCUUCAAUCAUAUUUAUCUUUGUCUAUGGAGUUGGUCAAUCAUUACUCAAUCUCUCUAAUCAUAUUUAUUUUUAAUGAAACACUAAAAUUUAAGGGAUGGUCAUUCCAACAGGAAAAUACCUUUAAAAAUCAGAUAUUUUUCCUCUUUUCUCAUUAACACUUUAUAGCCACAUAGUAAAUAGAAAAAAAAGCAAAAUUUGCCAACAUUUCACUUCAUUAAUGGGACCGUUAACAGCUUUUUUCAUGUAAAAGUUAUAAUCUAUCCAUUUAGGAAGAAUGUAACCAUGUUAGCAUUGGUGUGAAGCUAAGGAGAGAUUAUUCAUUAUUUUUGUCUUGUCCUGGAUAUCAAGUGUUAAAAUAUUAUCAUGUAAUCCUCCAUGUCCACGUGUCAAUGAUAGUCAUCCUCCACGUCCACAUGUCAGCCUCCAUUUGAAUAAGCAAAUCUCCUUGGUUACCAUACCUAAAUGUAAGGUCAGGCAAUAAUUUUCCAGUUAUGGUGUUCUAUGUCCACAGACAUCUUCUACACCCGUGUCAUGCCAUCUCGGAUGUUCGAUGUGUUGAAGGAAGACUUUGACUACCUCUUCAUUGGUGGAGUCCUGGGACUCAUGAUUCUCUUCUCUUUUAUAACACAGAAGUUUGCAGCAAAGAAAGCUUUAAAAAGGGCGUGGAAGUAAAAGUUGAUAUGUAGUCAAUAAUGUGAUGUAGUUAAUCGUUAGAGAAAUUUUUUUAUUGAUGAGCUGCAAGUGAUUGUGUGGUGAACAUGUUGUGUGCUGACAGUUUCGAUAGUUUAUUCAUGGGUUAUUAUAUGUGCUGGGUGUGAGUUGAACGGGUUGGUUGAUGUGUAACAUUUUGUUGUCAUAAUUUAAAUUAUUGAGAUCCUUAGUGUAUUGAUAUCUUUAUCGAAGUCAUGGCUUAUUGUAGAUUCCAAGCAAUCUCUGAGUAAAUGUACAGUUUGGGAUGUUCAAUUUUUUUUUUUUUUUAAAUGUUGUUCAUUUUAUUUUAUACAAGGUAUGUUAUUUUAAUUUUUUUACUAUGUUCUACAUUUUUUAGGCAAGAGCCUAUCAGACAAAUAUUACAUCAAUUUUAAAAACUUGAUACUCAAAUCUUAUUACCUGGUAAUUAAAAGAAUGGAAUCAGGUGUUGACUCAGUUUGUCUAAUCAAGAGAUUCUCAAAGAUUCUUAUAAUAACAUGGUUAGGUCAGUGCAUUUGGCUUUAUUGAUGACUACCACUUGUAAAAACUAUAUGUUUAUCACUCUCUCUCACUUGUAAUUAACUGGUGAGCGAUUUCAUAAUUUAAAUCAAAUUAAUGAAUGCAUUGGUAUUUUUUUUUUUAUUGGUUUUUUCCUGUUUAAAAAGAUCCCUUUCUACACAGUGUGGGAAUAUCCCUCCAAUGUAAUCACAUGUGUGUCAAUUUGAAGGUGACAGCCAGCAUCAGCUGUUCCAAAGUUUUUCUCUUCAUCUCUGUUGUGAUUCAACCUUUGUCAGGGUUUUUGGUGUUAUUUGUAUUCAAUUAUUGAACAUGAUGACAGUUUUAUCCCCAUGGCAUCAUCUUUAUUUAUGUAAGUUGGUUUUUUUUAGUCAUGAAAGGGGAAAUUCUUUCUUUUUUUAAAAUUUUUUUUUUAAACAGGAUCUUAACUCAGGAUAUUGACAGACAUUGUCUCAGAAACACUGUGUCAUUAGCUUUUUUUUUUCAUAUUGUUUUUUUAUGUUCAUUAACAUUACAGCUCAAUAAAAUAAAUGAUUUCUUUUUCUUUAGAGAAAAAAACUCUUUAAAAUGUUAUCCAAAUAAUCAGAUAGUUUAUGAGCAAAAAUACAAAUUGAUUCUUGUAUAGAGAAUGGAAGUCUCUCUUUAGAUUAAGAAGGUUAAUUACAUAAUUAUUUUUCAUUUAUUACCAUAUUUUGGUUGGUAUUGAAUUGAAUGGCUUGAGAGUUGGAAACAUUUUGGUGCUUUUAAACAGUGCAAGUUUUUCAGUGUGAUGAUGGCUGUUGAGUGGACGUUGUGAUAUGAUUACAGUAUCUAUGUAUAUUUUAUCAAGAUGUUAGUUGUACAGGGCAUUUUUCCAUUCCAUAGGUCAAGUUUGGUGCCAGAAUUAUCCUUUCCAAUUUGUCAGAAAAUGGCAAAGAGAGAUCAGUUGCAAAGGGAAAUAACUUCCGGUGGUCCAUCUUUUAAACUAAAAGAAAAAAAGGCAUUUCUCCAGGGCUAUCUUGUUCACUCCUAUUUGACUGACAUAGAAUAUUCUGCAAUACUUUUUUGAAAAAAAUUCAGUUAAAUUAACAGACAAAUUAAAAAGAAAAUUGCAUUUGAUAAAACUUUAGCUUUCCCCUGUUUUUUUGUUUUGUUUAUGAAAAUAGAUUUUUUUCCCCACUGGUACAAGAAUUGUUUUAGUGUUUCCACAGUAUUCAUUGUUAUAUAUUAAAUGUUAGGAUCAUAAUAAUUUAAAAAAUGUUAUUUUGUGUUUUAUUGGCUAGUUAGUUUUAUUCCAGUCCCCAUGCUUCUUUAGAGAAAUCACCUUUAUGUUGAAGUUGAAGAUACUUGGACAUUACAGCACAGUGAUGUGAAAUGUUCAUGCUAGUAAAAAAACACAUUGGAUGACUGUACUUUAUGGUAUGCAAGGUUUUUGGUUAUAACAUGCUGUGUAGUAUGUUGGAUGAAAGAAGUAAUUGCUUUUUGAUAAGAUGCAGGACUGAAGUUGUUGCUGUUGAAUAAAUGUAUGACAAGCAUCGGUGCUGUUUAAUAACUUGUAUGACAGAAACUGUUGGUGUUUACUGUGUUAAUAUUCUCACGUUUGGUCUGUGGUUCCGUCGAGGUGUUCGGAAUAUUUAUUCAGUUGAUUUAUUAUCUUACAGAAUUAAAAUGUCUUCUUUUUUCUUUGUU